GACACACGUAUUCAGUAUCGUGUAGGACAUUUAAAAAUGGCCGCAGUAUCGGAGCGAUAAGAGAAGAGAAACGCACCGAUCGGCGAUCGUCAACAAUCGUCAACGUGGACACGGCCGAUGUCAUCGUCUCGUGAUAUCGCGGCGAGUCGCACGUCGACGCACGCACGUUCUAUUUAUAGCAUUCCCGAUUCAUUCGGCGCCGUCUGCCAAGUAUUUUGACGUAAAACCAACCGGACGCGAGAUCUCGCGUCAUCGAGGAGAAGAUCUACCCGCUCGUCUCCCCCGUAGGGAAACGCCGCGUCUCCUCGUCGCAUCCUCGAGAUCCGAUCCCCCGCUGAGUUCUAUCUAGGAUUCUCGCUCGCCGCGCGAGUGUCCGCGCGCCCGACUUCACCCGGGUGGUCGGAGGCGUCACGCGAGCCCUGGCAGCGCGGUGUCGGCUGUGCGGUGAGGUUAAACCUCUCGUCGUAGUCUUUUGAACGGCGAUGUCGCCCGGUAUUAACGGCGACGGUGGCAGCGGCAGCGGCGGCGGGGGUCCUCGCAACACGGGUACCCUGCCGAAGAGCAAUCGGAGAAGCGACAGAAACCGGGAGCGGUCCGCUGCCAAUCAGCGGCUCGCAAACCGCUCGGCUUAUCACCCACAGCAUUUUAACAAUUUGUUUCAACUGGACUGGCAAGUGGCGAGUGAGUACGAACGAGAGUCCAGAGUACCAAGAGAGAUCAAGAAUAGCAACACGAGGUCGGCCUCCAUUCAACUGCCUUCUUCAUACUUUACUACACACCAAGACUUACCUGACUUUGCGUCGCAUAACUCGGUGAGGCAGAGCAAUUACACUACAGAAGACUGCAUACCUUGGCUAAAAAUGGUACCAUUUACUGAUCCUAGAACUCAGUCACCGUCACGAUUGCAAGGAACAAAGCCCUCCAAUGUUAAUAAGAUGCCUGAUCGAAGCCAAGUAGAAAGCCGUUUAAAUCAGAUCAGAGAUUACAUCAGAGUAACUGCAACGAUGAUAGAUUCUCUCAAUCAAUCUUCUGAUCCUCGUGCACAAGCUCAAAGCGAAAAAUUAAGUAGAAUGGUGGAUGAUCUUCACGACAGUGAGACAAAGCUCUCCAAGUUAUUGGAACAGUAUUCUAAUCACGGAAUUUCUGAGGAGAAUGUCGAGAAUGGAAGAGAGGACAUAGAUGAGUGUGGUGAUGCUAGCAGAGAGAUGUUGUUACGAAGGAAUAUGGAGGAAUAUCAAAACAAGCUCGCGCAGCUGCAGGAGCAGCAGGCCAGUUUGGCAGAUAUGCAGAUGUGUGUCAGAGAAAGAUUGAACAAGGCACGUCAGGCGCAACAAAUGCUUCUGCAACAGGAGAAUCAGAAUAUGCCGAAUUCUACUACGUGGGAGGAUAACCGUGUGUCUUUGCCGAGUCCCUCCAAUGUAGAGCAACUUGAGUCGGAAACGGCGGCAUUGAGAGGCAAACUGGUACAAUUACAAACAAAGAAAAAACAAAUGGAUCAUCUUGUUGCAGAAUUACAAGCCAUAGAGGCAUCUGACAGAGGCAGUUGUAGUUCAGACGGUUCGAGAAACACGGUAAAGGAUAAAACUGCAGAAUUGGAGGCGAUGAAAGCGCAACUUGCUCAUAUAAAGGCUCUAAUGGAGGAUGGUACGAAACUUCACGAUUUCAUUGACUCAUCUUCCGAUCCUGAACAGGAUAUUGACGCGCACGAGGAAAAUGGAACGAACGGAAUUAACGAGGAUAUGACAAAUGUCUCAUUUGAAAGUCGAGGCAAUGACACCAAUCAUACGAAACUUCGAAGUUUCGAAUCUAACAUUUCGGACAUACGGGCGCUGACUUCGGAGCUCAAGGAACAAUCGGUUUUGCUACAAUCCACACGAGCUGAAUUGCAACGCUUGAAACAACCAGUGUCCACUCAUUCUUCCUCGAACUCUCGUCCUCCUCCAGCGCUCAUACCUCUAAGUGCUAACGAAGAAAAGAAGCAGAGUUGUAACACCAGUACUGAGACUCAAUCUAAGCAAACAAAAAGAAGUCAACUUGAAAAUUUUAUAAGAAAGGAACCAACACAGUCUUCCAAUAUGAAUCGGGAUGUUCAACCAUUAGAUCAGAGUAGUCAAAAGAGUUCUGGUUCGCAAGCUAGUCAUAUUAGCACACCUGGAAAUAUCUGGCCAUCUGCCACUGGAGGUGCAGGAGAUUCUAACGAGCAAAGUGUAGACGGCAUAUCUACAUCAGAAAAUUUAUUGGAUAUUGGACCACCUGCUGCUAUUGAAAAUGGUGGAGUUUUUGGAAAUUUAUGGACCUGUCCUGUACCACCUCCAUCUAUUAAUCAAGGACAAACUGCCACGAUCGAGUAUUAUCGGCAAUUAUUAUUGGGUUCGCAAGCUCAUCAAUUGCAAAUGAUGAGUACAACGAUGCAACAGUGCUGUCAGCUUCUGUGGGGUCAACAACGCGAAUUGCAAUCUAUACGCGCUGCCAUUUCCGAUCUGCAGGUGCGAUCACAAACUCAGGUUCCGCAGCGCGUCAACAAUGUUGAAAACUCGGAGGAGCACUCGAAUCUGAGCCGUAGCGUUCACAAUCUUGGGGACACAUUGGACACGACCUUACCUCCCAGUUCAUCCUUACCGAAUCUUGUGUCGCUACCCAAUUCCUCAGCGGCGUUAUCACAUACUUCAGUAACUCCAGUAGUCAGUAGCUCUAACUCGCAGCAGCAACAGCAGCAACAAUUGAACAAUCAAGUACCUCCUGGUAAUAGAGCAAACAACUACUGGGACAAUUUUCGAAGUUAUUCUCGACAAAAUUUGCUGUCUGGAAAUGUGAAGACGAUGACUGAUCCUCCAACGGCUAUAACAAAUUCGGCGUGUUCCGCGAACACGACUAACGCAAGUGGAAGCAGUGUUAACAGUUCACUAAUAAAGGAUAAGCGGAAUCGAGAGCAUGGAUCUGAUAACUUACCUUUACCAUUAACUGGUGCGGAAGCGCAGUAUUCAUUGAACCUACAAUUGCCGUCGUCAAAUUUACAACAACAGGACAGAGAAAACACUACUAUCCGCAGUAACAUUAUAGCAAAUGAGGUGUCUCAACAAGUCGAUAAUCUUUGGGAGGAAGCUCACAGUUCUUUCCGAUUACCUUCAAUGAACGAUGAUAAUUUCUUUAAUAAUCUAAGUUCGGAGAUGAAGGAGGCAAUUGGUUCGCUGAUCGCAGUAAACAAGAGGCGACCCGAUUAUUUAAUAAUUAUUUUGAGAGAGAUUAAGGCUAUUAGCGAGGAUCACAGACUGCGAUCUCAUUUGUUAAGAUCGUUACGCGCUUUGCAGGACAAGCAAACAUUAAAUAAUCCAUUGAACGAAGCGCCUGAUUUAACUCCAAGUGAAAGUUGUCAAUCCAGCGACGAAGACUCGGAUGUUGGUGCUGUCUUUACUUUAGAAAAUCAUUCGUCUAUGAUGGAAUUGGUUGCGACGUCUCAUGUAGACACCGCCUCUUCUCCAGCAUCGUCUCAAUUACCAUUAAUAGAACAUUUGGAAAUAACGGGAACAUUCCCACUUGACUGUGUGAGUACUAUUCCUUCUACAUCUAAUGCUAAACCCGGUUACAAUGAGGACUUAGCGGAAGCCGAUCAAUCGAGGCCUGAAUCAUCGGGAAAUCAAAAACUUUCUAGCAAUGUAGAUCAUGAUGAAGGACAGGAAGAAGCAGCAUCUUAUCCAAUUCCUAUAGAGGCGACUACUCCCGAUCUCGAGAGUCUAGCUGCAAAAACUGAAGAUGAACGAGCAGAGGAUACUGAACUUGACAAUUUUUUUUAUUAGAUUACAUUUAUUAAUUAUGAUAAAAUGCUAUUUACAACUAGCUUAAGCGCGAUAUUAAAAGAAAAGUAUAAACGUAUCGUAAACCUUUGAUAAGAUAUUAAUUUACUAUUACUUCCGUUUACAAAAAUAUUGACUGAUAAUAAAUAAAAAGUCUGAUAUAAAUAAA